GGAAGUGAGGUCCCGGAAGCGGCGUGCGCGGCGUCAUCGCAAAAUGGCGGCCUGAGGUGAACGCGGGUCUCACUCCUCUCAGGCCAGAGAUUAAGCUACAACCUGUCACCAAGAUGCAGUAUUCCCAUCACUGUGAGCAUCUUCUGGAGAGACUGAACAAGCAGCGAGAAGCGGGCUUUCUGUGCGACUGCACCGUAGUGAUUGGUGAAUUCCAGUUCAAAGCUCAUCGAAAUGUGCUUGCCUCAUUCAGCGAGUACUUUGGUGCAUUUUACAGAGAUGCCUCUGACAGUAAUGUCGUUUUGGAUCAGACUCAAGUAAAGGCCGAUGGGUUCCAGAAACUUCUGGAGUUUAUCUACACAGGAAACUUGAACCUUGACAGCUGGAAUGUUAAAGAAAUUCACCAGGCUGCCGAUUAUCUCAAAGUGGAGGAAGUGGUCACAAAAUGUAAGAUAAAGAUGGAAGAUUUUGCUUUUAUUGCUAAUCCAUCUUCUACGGAGACAUCUAGCAUCACUGGAAACAUUGAAAUGAACCAGCAGACUUGCUUGCUCACCCUUCGAGAUUACAAUAAUCGGGAGAAACCAGAUACCCCUUCUUCAGAUGCGAUUCAGCCACAAGCAAAAAAGAGGGCAUUGGAAAAAAAAUCUGCACAAGCCAAAAGGCGAAAGAAGAAUUUUAAUUCACAGAAAAAUGCUCAGAAUAAACCAGUGCAAUAUCAGAAUGAUGUAAUCGAGAACUCAUCAGUUGAAAUGUUCUUAGAUGCAAAUAAACUGGCCACGCAGAUAACGGAGCAAGCAGCCCAAGGUAGCGAUAACUCAGAGCUGCAGUUAGCAUCUGUGAUAGAAAGUGAGACUUUGGCAGCACAAGAUAUUCUAGUUCAGACUAUUACUGCAAAACAAAAACGGGGGAAGUCACAGCAGAAUGGUGCACUGAGAGAGCACUGCAUGUCCAACAUAGCCAGCGAAAAGAACUCUUACCAACUGCAGAGCUCAGAAGAACUUGAUCAGAAAUACUCCAAAGCCAAGCCAGUGUGCAACAUUUGUGGGAAAGUGUUUUCAGAAGCCAGUAGCCUACGGCGACACAUGAGGAUCCACAAAGGAGUAAAGCCCUAUGUGUGCCAGCUCUGUGGGAAGGCAUUUACCCAGUGUAAUCAGCUGAAAACACAUGUAAGAACUCAUACAGGAGAGAAGCCAUACAAAUGUGAACUAUGCGACAAAGGUUUUGCCCAGAAAUGCCAGCUGGUUUUCCACAGUCGGAUGCAUCACGGCGAGGAGAAACCAUACAAGUGUGAUGUGUGCAAUCUGCAGUUUGCAACAUCAAGCAACCUAAAGAUCCAUGCCAGGAAGCACAGCGGGGAGAAGCCUUACGUGUGUGACAGGUGUGGCCAGAGGUUUGCUCAGGCCAGCACACUCACGUACCAUGUGCGGCGCCACACCGGUGAGAAGCCGUAUGUGUGCGACACCUGCGGGAAGGCAUUUGCAGUCUCUAGUUCUCUUAUCACCCACUCCAGAAAGCACACAGGAGAGAAACCAUAUAUAUGUGGCAUUUGUGGCAAGAGUUUUAUUUCCUCAGGCGAGCUUAACAAACACUUUCGGUCCCAUACAGGAGAAAGACCAUUUAUCUGUGAAUUGUGUGGAAAUUCUUACACAGAUAUAAAAAACCUGAAGAAGCACAAAACAAAAGUUCACACAGGAUCUGAAAAUCCUCCUGAAUCUAGCACAGUGGAUAAUUCCUUCAGUGAACAAGAACCAGUUCAAAAUGAGAAGAGUCCUUUGUCAGAGUCUAUAGACGUGAAGCCUUCGGAAAUGUCUUUACCACUUCCUCUCUCCAUUGGGACAGAAGACCAUCAGAUGCUGCUUCCUGUAACUGGUAAUCAGUCUCCUUCCUCAGAAACAUUACUGAGAUCUACUGUGACUGGAUAUUCAGAACCUCAGUUUAUUUUCUUACAGCAGCUGUACUAACUCUGUGCAAUAUGGAUCUAACAAGGCAAUCUAGUUGUGAACAUUAUUCAGGUCAUUAGUAGGAUGAACGUAGUAACAGCCUGAACAAUGCUUUCGAGUUGGAUUUACCUUUUUUCCUUCCAUUUUUCUGAGUGAAGACACUUGGUAAUGCAACUACAUAGUGCAGUGCUGGUUUUUAUUUCUCGUUAAGUUUUGCUAAUCUAGAAUCAUCAGGUUUGUCACUGACAGUAGACACUGAUGGUUUUUAGGAGGUAAUUCCUGUUCAGUAACACCUGCCUUAAGAAUUCGAUUAAAUAUGUAAACAUAUCCAGUCUUCGUGCUGAUUGUGACACAAUGUCAUUUGUGAGCAGACAUUUAAGCCAUAUAGUUGUUGCUGUUAGCUUAUUUUAAUGAAUUUAGCUCAGAGGUGCAGUGGUCCUACUGGAUUGCCUCGUCCGAAAAAAAAAAAAAAAGAGACCUAACUUUAUCAGCACACUUAAUUUCCCACAUUCCCACAACCAGGGGAAGAGGGGAAGAUAAGAGAGUUGAAGAUGUUCACAAAUCUGUCAUGGAGAACACAUCUUUCAGAAGCAGCUUUUUGUGAACACUUCCAGGUUGAGGCUAGAACAAAAGCUUUGUGCAAGUCUUUUGGCAAGGCAAGCAAGGAAGAUUUUCUUUUGAGGCAGGAGUCAGAGGCCAGACAGCAUGGUAUCUUUGAGCCAGUCCUUUCCAAGGCUUGGAUUCACUUUCAGAAGUGAGUUGAUUGCCUUAGCUGUUGUCUCUCCAUAUCCCCAAAACACCUCAGGGUUUGAUACAGAGGUCAGAAGCUAGAAAUGGAAGUGCAGUAAAUCAGGUAAAAAAGCUGUGUUGACUUUAUUGUGUGAAGGAAGGAACUCAUCCUUGUCUCUCCAUCUACAUCAUCAUGAUAGUAUCAGGGCCUGGUAGUGUUAGGCAUUGUACAGACCCAAGAGAGCAGACAGUGUCUGCCGUAAAGGGUUUAAAGUAAUGAACAAUGAAUUCAACCCCACAAGUAUAAAAGUAAUAAGUAAAAGACGAGUAACUGGAGGCCCUAAAUUCUGGGGUUACACAGAACAGGUUCUUACUAUCCCAGGCCAGAAUUUGGUAGAGCACAAUAGAAAAUAAUAAUUAAAAAUAAAUACAUAGUCUAAGCAUUGAAGACUCAUCCAAUGAAGAGCUAUGUAACUAGAAGUGUGUUUUCUUCCAUCAUAGAUUGCACCAGUGAUAUUUUUAUUUAUUUACUCCUACAAUUUUGUUCUCAUUCAUGCCUUGUGUCCAGGCCUCAAACAGAAGGUAGAAGACGCCUUAUAAUACAGUCCCCUCCCUUGUGGGGAAAAAUUAUCAUAGAGAAUAUCUUUUAAUUACUCCACAAAAGGACCCCUGAAUCCUAGGCAAGGCUUUGUCUUUUGUCAUUUUCUCAGCCUAUUCUUUGUUUCAUCCUCCAUACAUUUUUUUCUGUAUCUUCUCAGCAAAACAGUUCUUUUAUCCAUGUGCUGAUCAUCUUGUGUGUGCAGUGUAACACUAGUAUUGCUCAUGUUUUAUAAAACAUAGCAAAAUUUGCUAUCUAUUACUGUUGUGGACAGUAUGAAGCACAAUCAAGUCCCUGAGAAAUCUUCUUGAUGCAACCAUCUACAUCUCUGUAUUCACUAAAAGUAGAUUCCUGCUGUUCAUUGCAUUGGCCAUCCACCUUUCCCUGUCAGCCACAUCCUUCAUCAGUAGAUUGUUUCUUUCAUGACACUGGAUUUUCAGUACUGUAGGGGAGUGGGGCUUUUCUCUCCCCUGCUUUUUUAACAUCUGUUUCUAAUUCCUUUGUAAUCCUUCUAGGAUUGUGGCCAACUGGUAUUUGUGUGACUGAAGACUUACAAAAAAGCACAGCCUUGAAUAAAAGUGACAAAGGCUCACUCUGUCUAACUGGACCUAGGCUUGCUCCUUGCAUUUCCUGACUAAAAAAUAUAGCAAAAGUAUCAAGACAAGUACUGUUAAAUAAUUAGUAUCACACAAAAGAAAAGCCAUCCCACUUUGCCAUCUUCUGUGAUUAAGCUGAUAUUUGGUCAGUUCAUCCUUAAAACCAUAUUAAAGAUGAUGCACAGCUCCUGGAAUGUGCUGCUGGUAUAUUAAAAAGUAAUCUUGAAGAAGUUGAAGUUUAACAGAGUCAUGGAUUUAAUGAUUCCAAGAACAAGGUCAAUGAGCAGAUAUGGGGGACAAAACAAAAAGCCCACAUUCCUAUGUAGAAUAUGCAUUCCAUAAGAAUGUUUGUUUGAACUGUUUUUAUACUUCUACAAUUUUAGAUUACUACUACUGUAUUCUUACAUUUCAGAUUUUAAAAAAACAAAUCAGUGUUUAGAUUUAUACGGGAUCCAGUUUAGAUAUUUAUACAGGUGACAUUUGCUUUGUAUUACUCAUUUAGUUUCUUGACAGACAGGAAGAUGCUGAUUAUUUUUUUACAAAAGAGCAAUUUUAACCUUUCUUCAUAGGAUAUACAGGCUCUACUUAGUUUCUCUUGCAGCAAUAAUUAGAUGAUCUGCACUCGAGUCCCCAUCUAUGAAUCUUGAUUUUUAUCCUCAGCUUCCAUUGAAGUAACUCAGCAACUGAGAGAUGAUUUCUUUUAAAAUACUAAUUUAGUAAAAUUUGAUUUUUUAAAAAAUAAAUAUCAGCAGGCAUGUUUUAGCUGACUGCAGUCAAACCUGAAAGAAGAACUCUUUACUCCAUCACUGUCACAGUGCAUGCAUGUGCUUCCCAUGCAUCUUUUAUCUGCACCCUUACUGUUCCCAAAUUUAGUUUGGAGCAGGAAGUUGUAUCAAAAAUCUUGAUGGUUUGUAUAAGAAAUGAAUACGGAAAAGCAUAGACACUUUUUUAAUAGCCUAAUGCAGUUAGUCAGUAGCCAAACCUUCCUUUGUGAGACUAUCUGAAAAAUGAAAGAUGGAACAUUGAAAAUUCCUUUAAGAACUUGGAAAAGAGCCUUAGGGAACAUUUCCAGGGUGAUCUGUGUUUCAGUGAGGAUAUCUUUUUAGUACUGACUGAUGCAAGUUUUGCUGGCAAGGGCUUGAAAAUUUACUCAAAUAGCUAUUUCAGAAUAAACUCCCUGCAUGGAUUCUCAUUUGGGAGAAAGUGUGUCCAUCUGGGGUCUCCCACCAAAAUAACUAUUCCGAAGGAGCUGUGUCAGUAAAUGUAAGCAAGCACCAAGUAAGGACCCCAAGACUAGGCUUUAGGAGAAGCUGUUGGUAACACUUACAGAAGUAAGUUUAGAUAAGGACUAGUAAUUGAUUUUGGUUAAGUUAUUUCUGGAGCAUUUUCCUGUAUAUACAAAGUGGUUUUCCUCUGUUAUGUGUACAUAGUUCACCUUUUGUUUUUAUAAUCCCUGUGGGGUUUUUGUACAUACUUAGCCUGCAGCAUUUUAUGUUAGAUUUUAAUAAACUGUUUUGUAACUUUC